AAAACCCUGAAUUUUUCUUUAGAAAAGAAGGCCAACCCCUAACCCUAAACCCUCUCGCCGCCGUGCCCUCCUCUCCCUCUUUCUCCCUCGUUCCUCCCUCGCCGAACGCCGCCUUCAGAUAGAAGAAAUGCCCAAAAAGAGUAGAGCAGUGAGUAUGGAUGAGCCUACUAUUGCCGAGAAGCUUUCAAGCCUAGAGAUGGUUAAUGAAGAGAAAUUAGAGGACAAACCCAUCUCUGAACCAGCUGCGACCGUGGAUCCCCCAAGGGCAGACUCCUUGCAUGUUUUGUUAAGGCAAGCACUACGUGCUGAUGAUCGUUCAUUGUUAUUGGAGUGCCUACACGAAAAAGAUGAGAAGGUUAUUGCCAAAUCGAUAUCACAUCUAAAUCCAGCCAGCGUUGCCAAACUUUUGGAGCACCUUUCAUUCAUGGCAGAUUCAAGGGGUGCAGUUAUGAUCUGCGUACUUGUAUGGAUUAGAACUUUGCUUUGUCAUCAAGCAAGCAGCAUAAUGCUACAAGAGUCAUCUCUUCGCACACUCAAUUCUUUGUACCAGUUACUUGAAUCAAGGACCUCAACAUAUGGGUCAGCUGUCCAAUUAUCAUGUUCUUUGGAUCUCCUGCUUUUUAAUAAUGCCAAUGAUGAAACUGAUGAUGAAGGGACUGAGCAACCCGAACCUAUUAUAUAUGAGAACAGUGAUGACGAAGAAUCAGAAGACGCAAUUGAUGCUGAGGAGGAAGAAGGCACUGAUACUGAAGGCCUAGGAGAUGUCACUGAUGCUCAUGAGUCUGAUGAGAGCGAUGUCAUGCAAGAAUGACAUAGAAAUUGCUUUUUACACACUUAAGCUUCUCUACCGUGAACAAUGGUGUAACUUGAGAUAGACGGUAGGCCGAAGCUAUAACAUUAAAUCCAGGUGAAAUUCAAUCUUAUUUGCUUUCUUAUCGAUCUCUCGGUGAUCAAAUUUGUAUCUCGAACAUUGUUCCUAAGCUGUAUCCAUUAUCUAAAAAGAAAGGAGUAGUGCAUUCCUCCACAAGAAAGAUGAGUUAAAACUCACUCUUGUGCUGCGU